CUCGAAAAAUGGUUUUGACAAUAGUGUAAAAGCUAAAGUAAGAACUGUGUUGGAUCACUUACUUGCUCUAUAGACUCCUAGUCACACAAGCAGAAAAGUAUCUCAAAGACGAUCCUUUUUGUUUGUUUUUCUUGCUUUCCGUUUCUUUAGAGCCUGAAACUUGUGGGAAAUCUAUGGUUGCUUGAAAAGAUAAGCAUCUAACUGGAUAAUCCAUAAUCCAAUCUCCACCUCAGUGGAUGCAUCAAAAGCAAAAGAUUUUGCCGAAAAAAGAAAAGCACUAUAGAGUUUACAUGAACUGUAUAUGCAACUUGGAUCUGAUAUCAAAAAAACGAAAGAAUCUAAGUUCAUGCAGUUUUUAGAGAACGCCAAAGGGCAGAUCACUAGGAGGGAAGUAAAGUAAGUGACAAAGAUCUGAUUUAUGCAAUCUUAACAUCCUCCACGUAUCCAACUCUAUAAAUAGGCUUACUUUGUGUAGCACCAAAGCAAAAACAAACAUAAAGAUCCUUGAGUUCCCUCUCACACAGUCACACUAAGUCCUACAUUUGUAUCACAUUUUUAUAUACAUCAAAAUGGAAAGCGUUGGAAGUUUAGUUGCAGACAAACCAGUGGUGAUAUUCAGCAAAAGCUCUUGCUGCAUGAGUCACUCAAUUCAAACACUGAUCUCAGGGUUUGGGGCGAAGAUGACAGUCUACGAGCUAGACCAAUUCUCAAACGGUCAGGAGAUCGAGAAGGCAUUGGUACAGAUGGGGUGUAAGCCAAGUGUACCAGCUGUGUUCAUAGGGCAACAGUUAAUCGGUGGUGCUAACCAGGUAAUGACUCUUCAUGUCAAGAACCAACUGGCCGCGUUGCUAAGAAGAGCCGGAGCCAUAUGGGUGUAACAGAAGACAAGAGAGUCCAAAUGCAAACUAGGAUAGAAUAAGAUGAGAAUGAUAUAUAGUUGUUUUGCUUCUUCUUAAAUUUUCGGGUUUGGAGUCUCUACCAUGCACGGAUAUGUUUUCAACAAGUGCAACUCUGUAGUUUACACAAGUCUAGUGCUAAGAUCAAGAACUUUGUAUUCUCAGUUACCAUACUUGUUAUAUCAAUCAAUGUAAGCUAAGAAGACUUAUCAGCAAUAAAAGAGAAAGAUUUGCUUUUU